AUGGCCGUCAAGCCUAAACAGCCUGCUGCGCAAGAGCAGCACGGCUACGAAUUCUUCGGCCCUCCUGGAGCUUUUGCCAUCUCAUUCUUACUCCCCGUUCUCGUAUACGUCUUCAACUUUGUCUGCAACGACAUCUCUGGUUGUCCAGCGCCCUCUCUUCUACAGCCCAAGACCUUUUCUCUCGAUGCGCUGAAGCAAGAGGUUGGCUGGCCUCACAAUGGAGUUGCUGGUCUUGUUAGCUGGAACGGAACCCUUGCCGUCAUCGGAUACAAUGUCUUGUCGUUAAUCCUCUACCGUGUCUUGCCUGCGAUCGAGGUUGAGGGAACUGAGUUAAGCUCUGGCGGUAGACUCAACUACCGAUUCAACACCUUGUAUUCUAGCACCUUUACUCUUGCUGUCCUCGCCGCCGGAACUAUUGCCCAAGGCGCCGAAUUCCCUGUCUGGACCUUUAUGUCGGAGAACUUUAUCCAGAUCCUUUCCGCCAAUAUCAUCUACUCAUAUCUCGUUUCGACAUUCGUUUACGUUCGAAGCUUCAGUGUCAAGCAUGGCAACAAGGAGAAACGCGAGCUCGCCGCCGGAGGCCACUCGGGCAACAUAUUGUAUGAUUGGUUCAUUGGUCGCGAACUGAACCCCCGUAUUGAGAUUCCUCUCAUCGGUGAGGUUGACAUCAAGGAGUUCCUCGAGCUUCGACCCGGCAUGAUGGGCUGGAUCAUCAUGAACUGCUCCUGGUGCGCUCAGCAAUACCGCAACUACGGUUUUGUGACAGACAGCUCUAUCCUCAUCACCGCUGUCCAGGCUCUGUAUGUCUUUGACUCUUGGUGGAACGAGCCUGCGAUCUUGACAACAAUGGAUAUCACCACCGACGGCUUUGGUAUGAUGCUUGCUUUCGGCGAUAUCGUCUGGGUGCCUUAUGUCUACUCGCUUCAGACCCGAUACCUCUCAGUCCACCCUGUCUCGCUCGGUCCUCUGGGUCUCGCCGCGAUGCUCGGCCUUAUCGGUCUUGGCUUUUACAUCUUCCGCUCAGCCAACAACGAGAAGAACCGCUUCCGCACCAACCCGAACGACCCCAGAGUCUCCCACCUCAAGUACAUCCAGACCAAGACGGGUAGCAAGCUGCUUACAACUGGCUGGUGGGGUAUGUCCCGACACAUCAACUACCUUGGCGAUUGGAUCCAGUCGUGGCCGUACUGCCUUCCCACGGGCCUCGCGGGUUAUCAGAUUAUGAGCGCCGGAGCUAACGUUGAGGGAGCGUACGUAAUGCGCGACGGUCGUGAGGUUGUCCAGGGCGAGGCUCAGGGAUGGGGCAUGUUGAUCACCUACUUUUACAUCCUGUACUUUGGCAUUCUUCUUAUUCACCGAGAGCGCCGCGACGACGAAAAGUGUCACCGCAAGUACGGCAAGGACUGGGAGGAGUAUCGCAAGAUUGUUCGGUCUCGAAUCGUUCCCGGCCUUUACUAA